GAGGAGCAGGCCAAUAACCAUCUGACAAAGUUCCGUAAACUGCAGCAUGAGUUGGAUGAGGCAGAAGAGCGAGCCGACAUCGCUGAGUCCCAGGUCAACAAGAUGCGCGCCAAGAGCCGUGAUGUUGGUGUGAAGGCUAAGGGGCUGCUGUGAGCAUCCCGGCUCAUCAUUCUUCCUGACUGAAGGUUGAGAGUCAAGGUUGAACAAUGGGGGACUCUGCUAUGAGGGAGUUUGGACUUGCGGCUUCUUAUCUUAGAAAGUCUGAUAAGGAGCGACUGGAAGCCCAGACUCGUCCAUUUGACAUGAAGAAGGAAUGUUUUGUUCCUGAUCCAGAGGUGGAGUACAUCAAGGCUACCAUUAUCAGCCGAGAUGGUGACAAAGUCACCGCUAACACUGAAUUUGGAAAGACUGUCACAGUCAAGGAGUGUGACAUACAUCCUCAAAAUCCUCCAAAGUUUGAUAAAAUUGAAGACAUGGCGAUGUUCACCUUCCUCCAUGAGCCAGCUGUGCUGUUCAACCUCAAAGAGCGUUACGCAGCAUGGAUGAUUUAUACCUACUCUGGACUCUUCUGUGUGACUGUCAACCCCUACAAGUGGCUGCCAGUCUACAACCAGGAGGUGGUUGUUGCCUACAGAGGAAAGAAGAGGAGUGAAGCUCCUCCUCACAUCUUCUCCAUCUCUGACAAUGCCUACCAGUACAUGCUGUCAGACAGAGAAAAUCAGUCUAUCCUUAUCACUGGAGAAUCUGGUGCUGGAAAGACUGUGAACACCAAACGUGUCAUUCAGUACUUUGCCAGCAUCGCAGCUGUCCCCGGUGGAGGAAAGAAAGACGCAGCUUCUGAAAAAAAGGGAACCUUGGAGGAUCAAAUCAUCCAGGCUAAUCCCGCUCUGGAAGCCUUUGGAAAUGCCAAGACCAUCAGAAAUGACAACUCCUCUAGAUUUGGCAAAUUCAUCAGAAUUCACUUUGACAACAGAGGAAAGCUCGCCUCUGCAGAUAUUGAGACUUACCUUCUGGAGAAAUCACGUGUGACCUACCAGCUCAAAGCUGAGAGAGACUACCACAUCUUCUACCAGAUCCUGUCUCAGGUCAAGCCUGAACUUCUGGAGAUGUUGCUGAUCACCAACAACCCCUACGACUACGCCUUCAUCUCCCAAGGAGAGACAACUGUGGCUUCCAUCAAUGACUCAGAGGAGCUGAUGGCCACUGAUGAUGCCUUUGAUGUCCUGGGCUUCACUCAAGAAGAGAAGAACAGCAUCUACAAACUGACUGGAGCCAUCAUGCACUAUGGGAACAUGAGGUUUAAGCAGAAACAGCGAGAGGAGCAGGCUGAGGCAGACGGCACUGAGGGUCAGAGACCAGCUGUGGUUAUGAUGACUAAUAAUUUUAUAGUGUGGUUUUGAAUAAAAGUGAUCUGUUCGCUUCCUUAGAUGCUGACAAAGUCGCUUAUCUGAUGGGCCUGAACUCUGCCGACCUCAUUAAAUGUCUCUGUCACCCAAGAGUCAAAGUAGGAAACGAGUGGGUCAC